AUGGUAGAAAACCCUACAGUGUCUUACGAAUGUACUAUGAUGUUUGGUAAUAACACAAAGAGUUCGUGGCCUUGUAGAGAAUAUGAGUUAGAGGGAACAAGUGCAAAUGCAAAUUGUAAGAGCAACUAUCACUUAGGACACCGUGAGAGUUUCCCUUCCACGGCAAAAUGUGUUGAUGGACUAUGGGAGAAACUUACUAAUUGUGUGCCAGCUGCUCAUUGCUUCUAUGACGUUAACACUGAGCGUACAAAGCCAGCGGAAAAUUACGCAGUAGCUGCCGACAAGAUUUAUCCUAACUGGAAUGACACGAGAGAUCUUUAUGUCGUUAAAAGAUUUGUAAAAAAUAUCUACAUACCAACGACAUACAGACACGCAGAUAACAGCCAUCAGGAUGACAUAGCUUUGCUAAUUGUAGACCAGCCGUUUGAAUAUUCUGCGCACAUACGACCGGUCUGUCUAGAUUUAGAUUUAACAUUUGAAAUGAAGCAUUUAAAACCUGGGAAUAUGGGCAAGGUCGCCGGUUGGGGGAUGAUAGAUACGUCAGGGGUUGCAUCUGAUGUGCUAAAAGUUGUCGAACUGCCAGUGGUGGAUGUAGACACGUGCUGGGAACGAGCGCCAUUCGAUUUCAGAAGUCAUAUAACCUCAAAUACAUUUUGCGCGGGAUAUUAUAAUGGUACAGCGCUCUGUGAAGGCGACAGCGGAGGUGGAUUGACAUUCCCUUCAACAGAAUCGACAACUAUACGAUAUUAUUUACGUGGUAUUGUGUCAACUUCACCCCCAGCGCCUGACCAGGCAGCAUGCAAUGCGUUCACUCCCACCAUAUUCACUAAAGUGACAUCACAAGCGGCUUUUUUACGUGAAUUUUUAUAUGAGGAAUAUUAA